GGCAGGCGUGUGGAAUGACGUCAUCAGUAUGUUGCCUGUACAUCAUUGGUAUCGUUGUCUGCUUACUGCCCACUACUGAAACAUUCGUAAUUAACCACCCAAAGACCCAACAGGAGAGCAGACGUCUGCAACAUGCAACACAACAACCGACGUGGUAUCCUAACAGACAACACUACCAAAAUAUGAAGUAUGUAAAUCCUGCCAAUAUACCACAACAGAAUAAUAAUUAUCACAUAUAUGUCCAGCCUGAUGAUGAAAUAGAGACACUUGCUACACCUACAAUGGACAGAGUCCUGGGGAUUGCAGCGGGAAUGGUCAAUCUGUUUUCACCUCUUCUCACAUCUAGAAUUGGCGGAUUACUUGGAAUAUUAAGACUGAUAUAGUCACUGACAGACAUUUCUUCUUAUUUUCAG